AUGGUGCGGUGGGCCUCGGGGCUGAGCUCGCGGGGCUCGGAGGCCGCGGCGGCCCUGCUCGAGGCGGCGGAGGCCGACCGCGCCAGGGCGCAGGCGGAGUACGAGGUGGCGCUGCGCUUCCAGGCAGGCGGCGAGCACGAGCGUGCGGCCGAGCUGCUCCCGCGCCUCCUGGAGUCGCUGCCGCGGAAGCCGGCGAGGGCUGCCCGGGGCAGGCGGGACGAGGCGUGGCUGCAGCGGCUCCGGUACCUGUGCCUGCGCAACCUGGCGGUCUCCCGCGCGGCGCUGGGGCAGCACGCCGAGGCCUUCGAGGCGGCUCGCGAGGCCCAACGGCUGGCCAGCGCGGCGAGGCCUUCGGGGCCGCGGGGGCCCCGCGGCGGCACCGUCGGGGAGGCCGGGGCCGACGAGGAUGGCUCGUUGUGGCGCCUGCUGGCCGAGAGCGCCGCGAGCUGUGGGAGGUGGGGCGACGCCAGGCUCGCGUUCGAGCGCUGCGCGUGCCUCUGGCCAGGCGAUGCGCCGGUGCUCCGAGGGCUGGCGAGGGCCCUGCUGAUGCUGGGGGACCUGCGAGCCUGCAGGGUGGCCCUGGAGGCGCUCCGCGAGGCCGACGGCGCGGGGCUGCAGCCGCGCGAGGCGUGGCUGCUCCAGCACCUGCGCUUGCCGCGCGGCAAGCGGGAGCGGGCCGGGGCCAGCGGCGGAGCCUCGGAGGACGCCGCGCAGCACGACUUCGAGCAGCUUGCCGCGGAGCGCUCGAAGCGCCUGCGCCUCGACGUCGCUCCAGAGGCUCCAGAGGCGGUUCGCCUGGCCGUGGAGGAGCCGUCGCUGUGGUGCCUGCUGAAGGCCGCCAGGAGUGCCGCGGAGGGCAACCUGCCGCCCUCCAUGCCGGUCGUCUUCGAGCUGGGGGCCGGGGCCCCUGCGCUGCAGGCCAGGGACGGCGACGGGCCGCACCCGCACAGGGAGGUGGAGCUCGCGUGCGGCGCGCUGUGGGAGGCCUUCAGGCCGCUCCUCGCGCACCCGUGGCCAGAGGGCCAGGACGCGCCACAAUUCGUGCUGGCCGCCCUCCGCAGCGACACGGAGGCGGCCAGCGAGUCCGAAGCGGCGCUGGUGUCGCGCCUCUUGGGCGCCGAGGCAGGCAAAGGCGCCGGCGCCCGGGCACCGAGCCCCAGGAAGCCGUGGCGCGAGUGGCUUCGGUCGGUGGUCUGCUUCGCCCUCGACCACUUCGCCCUCGUGCGGGGGCGCAGGGGGGCCCUGCGGCUAGCGCGGGCCCUGGUUGACCUGGCCGUGUGGCUCGUGGUGCUCAGCGCCCCGGGGCAGCGGUCCGAGGCGCUGUGCCGCGGCGCCCCCGCGCACGGGUGGCUGACUCCCAAGCUGCACGCUUGGCUGUCGGCCCCGCCGCGCCCCGGCGAGGCGGAGGGCGGCGCGCGUCUGGCCACGAGGCGGCUCGUGGGCGCGCGUGGCCUGGACCUCGCGGAGGCCUGCGCGCUUCUCGGCGCGAGGGACCCGCCUUUCGUGGCCGCCGCUGCGGAGUUCCUGCGCGCCUGGCGCGCGGCGGCGGACGGGCUGCCGCAGCAAAUCCUGGCCUGGCUCCGCUACGGCGACCCGCCCGCAGGAGCGGCCGCGGCCGCCGCGUCCGCCGGGCUCGAGGCCUCCGCGGUGGUGGUGCGGUACCUCUGGCUGGCGGCCUCGUUGGAGGCCGGCGGCGCCGCCCGCGCGCUGCUGCAGCAGUGCCAGCAGGCCGCAGAGGCGCGCGAGCGAGCUGGCUACGAGGCGGAGGUGCAGUGCUUCGCGGGCGCCCCGGUCUCCGCCUCGCGCUGCCUCGAGCGGCUGGACGCCUUGGCUUCGGAGAGGGGGGAGGCCGGGGAGGCCCCGGCGCGCGCGGCGCUGGACCUGCAGGACGCGAUCUGCCAGGCGGAGUGCGCACUGUGGCCGCCGGACGGGGCGGAGCCUCCUGAAGCAGGGGACUCCGACGCGCUCCGCGAGCUCGCCGCCCUCGCCGGCAGCUUCGUGGAAAGCCUGCGUCCGGCCAGCGGGGCCCCCGCAGAGGCGCCGCCCGCCGCCCCGGGCGCCAGCGGGACGGCCCUGCGGCUGCUGUGCGCGCUGGCCGCGUUGCUCGGGCGCGCUGCGGCGGCGCCGGCCGUGCCGGCGAUCUCGCCGCCCUACGAGAAGCCGCCAGCGCCCGCGGGCGCGCCCUCCGGCGCAGCCCCGGGCGCCGGGCCAGCGCUCUUCCUUGCGCCGCCUGUGGAGAGGCUCGGCCUCGCGGCGCUGCUGCUGGCCGCCCGCCUGGGCCGGGCCGAGGGCCCGGAGCGGCUCUGCGCCGCCCACGGGGCCCUUGCGCUGGGCGCGAGGGCGGUGGGCGCGCUGCUGCUCGCUGCGGGCACGACCCCCGCGCUCCGCGGGGGCCUGCUGCUCGUGGAAGCGGUGCCGCCCGGGCCGCCCCAGGGUGCCGCGGCUGCCUCCGCCGCGGCGUCCGCGGCGGCGCUGUGGCCCCGCGUCGGGGGCUUCCUGGAGGCGGCCCACGACCUGGGCCUGCUGCUGCCCGAGCUCGCUGGCACAGGCGGCUGCGGAGCUCGGGCGCAGUUGGCGAGCUCGUGGGCGCGGGAGCUCUUUCAGGCUCCGCCCGGCGAGCCCGAGCGUGAGUCGCCGCUGUCGCUCGCAAGCACGCUGAUCGCGUGUGGCCUCAGGGCCAACUCCCCCACGGUCGCCGCGUGGCGCGCGGGCGCCCAGCGGUGGGCGAGCGCCGCGGCGGCGCACGCCCUGGUUGCUGCGGCAGCCCCGGCGGCCAAGGUGGUGCUGGACAUCGACCGCGACGACGACGACGUCGGCGGCGAGUGCGAGGACGCCCACGCACCCGCGCCACAACCCGCAGACGGCGUGGCGAGGCCGCGGGUUGGGAGUCCGCACGCCGCCGCCUGCCGCCAAGCCCUGCUCAACCUGCGGGAGCCGGACUGGUGCUGCCCGCUGCCGGGCUUCUGCGGCGCGGCGGGGCGCGGUAGCGCGGGCGAGCGCUCCGCCGCGGAGCUGGACGACGCGGUGUGCAGGCUGCUUGCCCGCGGCCUCGCCUGCCUCUGCCUGCUGCCCGGCGUCGACCCGGAGCCCCCGCGCCCGAUAGCGGCCCGCAGCGCCGAGCAGCUGCAGCGCCUGAGCUCUCCGUGGGCCUACAGCGGCCCAGAGGGCGUGGACGCGGCGGAGGCGCCCGCGCCGCACCUGCUCUCCCUUGCCCUGGCGGUGCACCAGAGCCUGCUGGCGGUGGGCGCGCAGGGCAGUACGCCCAGCGGGCCCCGGCCCGUGCGACCCGCGCUGUUGCAGGGGGUCUUGGCGCGCCUGGACUCGUGGCUGUUCCCUGGCGACUCGCUGCCGGGUCACCCGGUGUUGCUGCCGGAGGAGCUGGUGGAGAUGGCGCAGGACCUUCGCAGGACGAGGAACGGGCCAGCCUUUUGCGGUAGCACGCCAGCCGCGUCCCACGAGGCGGUGAAGCUCGCGCGGGACGCGCUGCAGGGCCUGGAAUGGCCCGCCCGGCAGCACACGGGAGCCGCCACGGCCACGCCCGAGGCGGCCGAGGGUCCAGACCAUUUCGUCGAGAGGGGGCGCGUGGCGGCGCUGCAGCUUGCUGCCUCUUGCGUUGACGUGGGCCCAGCCAUGGAGGUGCCGCCCAUGCCCCCCCUGGACGCAGCCUACGCGCUCGCCCUCGCGGACAUGUCGCCCAGGAAGGCGGACCUGGCCGACUGCAUGAAGCUCCUGAGCACCGCCGCGAAGGACGCCGCCUGCCGCCGUGCAGACAGGGAAACGUGGGCUCGGGCUGCGGUGGCCUUCCGGCGCCUGUUCUUCGCGCAGGACGAGAAGCAGGCUGGCGACGACGACCUCACCGAACGGCUGCGGUGCUGGGGCAGAGGCAGGCAGGGCCCCGUCGUAUGGGGCGGCAGGCUCCGGUGGCUCUACGGGCAGGCCCGAGUCCUCUCGCUGAUGCUGGAGGCGCACUGCGAGCAGGAGCUGACCGCGGAGCUCGGGCGGCUGGCCGAGCUGAGCGCCACUGGGAGCCCCACCGCCAGCCGAUGCGGGCCCAUCGAGGAGUCGCUCGGCCGCUGCCGCGACCUGGCCAACCAGUGGCUCGCCAGGCAGCUGGACCUGCUGUCCCUGUACCGUGCGCGCUGGCAGUCGCUGGCGCUCGAGCCCUUCCGCGAGCGGGGCCGGGCGCCCGGCGAGCCAGCGCGCGACUCCGAGGAGAAGCAGCUGUGGCUGCGCGGGCGGAGCGAGGACGCCGCCCAGAAGGUGACGUGGCUCCUGGCGUCCUGCACCGACCUGGCCGAGAGGAUGCCGCGCACGCGCGCGCUUCUGGCGCGGAGGGGUGGUUCUUGGGCACUGCCCGCCUUCGCUGCGCCGUGGGCCGCCGCCUCGGCCGCGGGCUGCUCCCCGCUGCUGGUCUACGGCAGCGCCGAUGACGACG